UAGGCGUGGGGAGAUCCCCUGAAAGCGCCCCGUCAGAGUGGGCGGAGCCUCCUCGGCGACCCCCGCCCCGGGCUCCGCCCUGGGCCCACGCUAGCUCCCCACGUGGCCGCGUGCGGGCGGGGCGGGGCGGUGCCUUCUCUUCCUCCCGCGCCCGGCCAGAGCCCGAGCCUGAGCCCGCGCCGGAGCUGUGCGGAGCCCGCGGAGUGCGGCGGCUGCCUGCAGCCCCAGACCCGACCCGACUGAGCGCCGGCUGCCCGCCCCCACCCCCGGCCGCCCCCCCUACCUGUUCGGCAAAAUGUCGGUGAAGCAGGGCGCGCAGCGCAAAUGGGCAGCACUGAAGGAAAAGCUGGGGCCACAGGACGCGGACCCCACGGAGGCCAACCUGGAGAGCGCGGACCCCGAGCUGUGCAUCCGGCUGCUGCAGGUGCCGUCUGUGGUCAACUACUCUGGCCUGCGCAAGCGCCUGGAGAGCAGCGACGGAGGCUGGAUGGUGCAGUUCCUGGAGCAGAGCGGCCUGGACCUGCUGCUCGAGGCCCUGGCACGGCUGUCGGGCCGCGGCGUGGCCCGCAUCGCAGACGCCCUGCUGCAGCUCACCUGCAUCAGCUGCGUGCGUGCCGUCAUGAACUCGCAGCCUGGCAUCCAGUACAUCCUUAGCAACCAGGCCUACGUGCGCCAGCUCUCCCAGGCUCUGGACACAUCCAACGUGAUGGUCAAAAAGCAGGUGUUUGAGCUACUGGCUGCCCUGUGCAUCUACUCGCCCGAGGGCCACGCCUUGGCCUUGGAUGCCCUGGACCACUACAAGACGGUGUACAGCCAGCAGUACCGCUUCAGCGUCAUCAUGAACGAGCUCUCCAACAGUGACAACGUGCCCUAUGUGGUCACCCUGCUGAGUGUGGUCAACGCCAUCAUCCUGGGCCCCGAGGACCUUCGUGCCCGCACCCAGCUGCGUGGCGAGUUCAUCGGUCUGCAGCUGCUGGACGUCCUGACGCGGCUUAGGGACCUGGAGGACGCUGACCUGCUGAUUCAGCUCGAGGCCUUCGAGGAGGCCAAAGCCGAGGACGAGGAGGAGCUGCUGCACAUGUGCGGUGGCGUGGACAUGAACAGCCAUCACGAGGUCUUCGCCUCCCUGUUCCACAAGGUGAGCUGCUCCCCGGCAUCUGCCCAGCUGCUGUCCGUGCUGCAGGGCCUCCUGCACCUGGAGCCCACCCUCCGCUCCAGCCAGCUGCUCUGGGAAGCCCUGGAGAGCCUGGUGAACCGGGCCGUGCUCCUGGCCAGUGAUGACCAGGAAUGCACCCUGGAGGAGAUGGUCGAGCGGCUGCUGUCUGUCAAGGGGCGACCCCGCCCAAGCUGCCUGGACAAGGCCCAUAAGAGUGUCCAGGCCGACCUAGGCCAGAGUCGGAGAGGCAGCUGCCCCCAAAACACUGAAGCCCUAAGGGCAGGUGUGGAGGGCCAACAGCCAAUGGUGAUGCUCACCAGCCAGAGAGCAAGCCCAGAGGUGGCUCAACAGCCAACAGCUCUGGAACAGCCGGCGCUCACCCCACCCCUGCCUGCACCUCCCCUUCCCCACUCCACCACCUGCCCCCCUCCCCCCUUGCCAGGCCCAGGGGCCUCAUCCUCCACUCCCCCUCCACCCCCUCCCCCACCUCCCUUGCCGGGCCCCAGGACCUCAAUCCCCCCUCCCCCUCCCCCACCCCCCCUGCCGGGCCAGGGGCCCUCAUUCCCCUCACCACCCCCACCCCCCCCAUUGCCUGGCCCUGGUGGACCCCUCCCUCCCCCACCUCCACCCCUCCCAAACAUGGGGUGCCCUCCCCCACCACCACUGCCCGUCGUGGGCUGGGGUCCCCCUCCACCCCCACCCCUGCCCAGCACCUCUGGCACCCCCACAGUGGGUGGUGUGGAGGAGAUCAUUGUAGCCCAGGUGGACCACAGCCUGGGCUCCUCCUGGGUCCCCAGCCACCGGAGGGUGAACCCCCCGACAGUGCGCAUGAAGAAGCUGAACUGGCAGAAGCUGCCGUCCAAUGUGGCACAAGAGCACAGCUCUAUGUGGGCCUCGCUGAGCAGCCCGGACGCCCCGGUGGUGGAGCCCGACUUCUCCAGCAUCGAGCGGCUCUUCUGCUUCCCCGUGGCCAAGCCCAAGGAGUCCAUGGCAGCCCCGGCCAGAAAGGAGCCUAAGGAGAUCACUUUCCUGGACGCCAAGAAGAGCCUGAACCUCAACAUCUUCCUGAAGCAGUUUAAGUGCUCCAAUGAGGAGGUCACCGCUAUGAUCCGCGCAGGGGACACCACCAAGUUUGACGUGGAGGUUCUUAAGCAGCUGCUCAAGCUCCUUCCUGAGAAGCAUGAGAUCGAGAACCUACGCUCCUUCACGGAGGACAGAGCCAAGUUGGCCAGUGCUGACCACUUCUACCUCCUCUUGCUGAGCAUUCCCUGCUACCAGCUGCGGGUCGAGUGCAUGCUGUUGUGCGAGGGCACAGCCGUCGUGCUGGACAUGGUGCAGCCCAAGGCCCAGCUGGUGCUAGCCGCCUGUGACAGCCUGCUCACCAGCCACCAACUGCCCGUUUUCUGCCAGCUGAUCCUGAGAAUCGGGAACUUCCUCAACUACGGCAGCCAUACCGGGGACGCUGACGGAUUUAAGAUCGGCACGCUGCUGAAGCUCACAGAGACCAAGGCCCAGCAGAGCCGCAUGACGCUGCUGCACCACGUGCUGGAGGAGGUGGAGAAGAGCCACCCAGACCUCUUGCAGCUGCCGCGGGAUCUGGAGCAGCCGUCCCAGGCGGCAGGGAUCAACCUGGAGAUAAUCCACUCAGAGUCCAGCACCAACCUGAAGAAGCUUCUGGAGAUGGAGCGGAAGGUGUCCUCCUCCAUCCAGGAGGUGCAGGAGCAGUACGCCCACCGCCUCCAGGCCUGCAUCGAAGCCUCCCAGACACUAGAGGAGGUGUUCCAGGCCAUCGAGCAGAAGAAGCUGGAGCUGGCCCACUACCUGUGCGAGGAUGUCCAGCACCUGUCCCUGGAGGACACAUUCAGCACCAUGAAGACCUUCCGGGACCUCUUUGUCCGUGCCCUGAAGGAGAACAAGGACCGGCAGGAGCAGGCUGCCAGGGCUGAGAGGAGGAAGCAGCAGCUGGCCCAGGAGGAGGCGCAGAGGCCGCGGGACGCCGACGGGAAGCCCGUCAGGAAGGGAGGCAGGAAGCAGGAAGAGGUGUGUGUCAUCGACGCCCUGCUGGCCGACAUCAGGAAGGGCUUCAGGCUUCGGAAGACGGCCCGUGGCCGAGGGGACCCAGAAGGCGCCAGCAGGGUGGUGGCCGCAGACCCCCAAAGGGACAAGGCUUCUGUGGCCGCCAGGGACCCCACAGGAGGCCCCGUGGGAGGCACCAGCUGCCCUGCCUCUGGGCCUGGUGUUGACACUACAGGGGCCCGGGAGCGUCAGUACUGGGAUCUCACGGACGCCGCCACCCCCAGCCCGAAACCCACUGGAGGCCUGUUGGAAGAGGGCGGCCCCGGGCCCCAGGAGAGACGCUCUUCCUGGUACAUAGAUGCCAGCGAUUUUCUGUCUGUGGAGGACCCCCACGACCCCCAGCCAUCGGCAGGGGCCUGGCCGCUGGUGCUCGGGGAUGCUCAGGCCCUGAAGCCUCUUCAGUUCUCCAGUGACAAGCCCCCUGGGGCCAUGGGUUCGAGCCAUGACACUGAGGACUCCACAGCCCCUCGGAGCCUCUGCCAGGCUGAGGCCGACAGCACAGGCGAGGGACCGGAGGACACAGCUGCCCACGGCCGCGGCGCCGGCCUUCCUGCCACAGAGCCCGGCGGGGAGGGGGACGAGGAGGACACGGCCCCAGACUCCACUCUGGACACAUCCCUGGACAGGUCUUUCUCCGAGGAUUCAGUGACCGACUCCUCAGGGUCUGGCGCCCUCCCCAGAUCCCGCAGCCGGGCCUCGAAGGGGACUGGCAGGCGAAGAAAGAAGCGCCCAUCAUGGAACCAGGAAGAGGUUGCCCCUGACUCUGAUGAUACUAAAACCAAAAGAUUCUGUGUGAUCCAGUAAGGCCUCAGGCCCAAGCCCAAAGCCAAGUGACAGACCCCGUGGGCUCUGGACGUGCUGCUGAGUGGGGCCAGGCUGGGACUGGGCCCUGGGAAACCAAAACUCUGUGCCUUACCCAGCCAGGGACAUGAGCCUCCUGGAGCCUUCCGGGGGCAUUUGUCCUGGCCUGCCUGGCGCCCGCUUGCCCACCUGCACGCCCCUAGCCCCUCUGCUUUCCAGAGCUGAUGCCCGCGCCUGCACCUGCAUGCACAUGGCGCCCGCCCGCCUGCCUGCACACAUGGGGCGUCAGGUGGCUGCAUUCCCGGGGCGCCUCUAAGCUUGCACCCACUUUCCAGUGAGCCGACACCCAGAUUCUUCUGGAGCUAGGUCCUCACAGACCCUUCCCCGGAAGCCAUGGGAGCCAGGCAGAGCUGAGCCCCCACUCCCCCACCAGACCCCCACCUCUGCCCCCAACCUGCCUCAGCUGGGCUGGAACAGAGUGGUUUUAACCAAAAUACGAUUGUUUAUGUAUUUCUGCUGUCCUGUGGUGGCUGAAUUGGGGAUGGGUGGGUGGGUGGGUGCGAGCACCCCAGGGCCUUGGGUAGGGGCAGGCUGACCGACUGUGCUGUGGGCAGGACAGGGUGCCCCUGCUAGCAGAUGGUUGGGGACCGCAUGGAGUUGGCCCCCACCCCAGUACAUCCAGCACUGAAGGUGAUGAGGUGUCUGCCCCUGCUGCCAUGCCAGGACCUGGCCACCUUGUCAACAGGUGCUGCCCCACCCCAAAGGGCUGAGAGGAGGCCUAGGGGACAGAGGCUGCCACCUCUCCUCACAGCCCCACCCAGCAAGGGGCAGCCUGCCCAAGCCCUGCCCCUGCCCCAGGCCGGCUGCCAACGCUGGAAGCUGGAGGGACUUGGACCAAUAAAGUACAGAGCUGGCCCAGCUUGCGGCUGUUGUGUUCUGUGAAUGUGGUGGGGGCCUGAGCCCUCGAUAGCUACUGUGAUGUGGGUGGAGGGAGGGGUGGGCCUGAGGGGAUGGUGGAGGGCAGGCCUGCCCGCAGAGCACCUAGAAUAGGGGCAGAGCACGUGACAAACAGGCUCCACAGCAGUGGGGCGAUGCGCUCUGCUCUCCGGGGGCACCGUUCACAUAUACUCACCCUGUAAGGGCAUCGCCUAGUGACCCGCAGCUUUGCAAAGUCGUGCGAUCCUCACCGUGGUCUGGGUUAUAAUGUUUCCAUCAUCCCCAAAAGGUUCCCUCGUACUCUCCCUCACCCCUGGCCCCCACAGACCUGUCUUCUGUCUCUACAGGCCUGCUUUCUGUGAAUACCAGAUAAAUGAAA